GCUUCCUGUGGUGGCCGUGGAAGCUUGGCUCUGCUCGCGGGCACGCGCACGCGCACCAGGGGCGAGCAAGCGAGCGAGGCAAUCACUGCAGACGCCACAAUCAGAAAACACGCACGACUGAAAAGAUCCCUGGAAAAGAAGCUCGCCUAGGUGUCAAACAAAUACAAGAAUUUCACCUCACACGGAAGGUCCAAACUCGUCAAGUGUUGGAGACUCGGCAAGUGCAGCGAGAAGACCGCAGUGUGGAGUUUAAAUGUUGACAGCUGCUACACAUUACAUAGCUACGAGUGAGGAAAGCUGUCACCAUCACUUCAUCACAGAGUACUGAGCAUCCUCAGCACCUCCAUUAUUGUGUCCAUGAUGGCUUGGAGAAAACUUGACUGGGGAAUAUCCCGCUGACACCUGGACUCCACACAUAUUAUCGCCCUUUCCUCCUUAAGACAAUAUUGUGGUGCGAGUUUGUUCCUCGGAGCCUUCUCCACCCUCACCAUGGCGAGUUUGGUGCUCAAUGAGACUGGGAUGGAGGACUGCGGCAUUGACGACUCCUUCAAGUACAACUUGUAUUCGGUGGUCUACAGUGUGGUCUUUGUCUUGGGCCUCAUCACCAACUGUGCUGCGCUCUUUGUCUUCUGCUUCCGCAUGAAAAUGCAGAAUGAGACGACCAUGUUUAUGACUAAUUUAGCAUUAUCUGAUUUAGUAUUUGUUUUUACGUUGCCAUUUAAGGUCUUCUACAAUGUUAACCGCCACUGGCCAUUUGGAGACGGACUGUGUAAGGUUUCGGGAACAGCCUUCAUCACUAACAUCUAUGGCAGCAUGCUCUUCCUCACCUGCAUCAGCGUUGACCGUUUUUUGGCAAUCGUCUACCCUUUUCACUCCCGCUCCAUCCGCACGCGCAAGAACGCCGCAAUGGUGUGUGCAGCUGUGUGGCUGACCAUUGUGGGAGGAGGAAUAUCAGUCACCUUCUUCUCUACCAUCAACAGCACAAACAGAGCCACAACCUGUUUUGAAGGCUUCUCCAAGAGUACGUGGAGGACCUACCUUUCCAAAAUCACCAUCUUUAUUGAGAUUGUGGGAUUCCUACUUCCCCUCCUGGCCAACUUGGUUUGUUCCUCGCUAGUUCUAAGAACACUACGUCGUCCAGUGACGGUUGGCCAUGGCUCUGACAGCAAGAGACGCGUCUUGAGGAUGAUUCUGGUCCAUCUUGGGAUUUUUAUCUUCUGCUUUGUCCCAUAUAACUCUAUUCUCUUUCUGUAUGCUCUGGUGAGGACCCAGGCCUUAGCUAACUGUUCCGUGGAGCGUUUUGCACGAACUUUGUACCCCAUCACUCUGUGUCUGGCCAGUCUCAAUUGCUGCCUAGACCCUGUGGUCUACUACUUCACUUCUGAGAGUUUUCAAAAAAGUUUGACCUUGGGCAGCAAAGGAUCCGGCUCUCGACCCGGGAGUAUUCCCCGUAGCGACUCAGAGACACAGGACCCGGAAAACGCUCUCCCAAGAGACACGCACACUUUGACGAGGAAUGGGAAAGACACUAAAGUAUCAGAGAGUGAGUUUUGACAAGAUAAAGAAAAGAUAAACAAGGAUAAGGUAUGAGAGAACCUGGAUUUCAAAAGUAAAGUAUCGACUGUUUGGUCCUUGAAGUGGCAAAUGCAUAACUCGGCAGAUUAGUUCUGCUGUAAAUCCUAAACUAUGGUCUGGGCUUUGCUGAUUAAUCCACCACUUGGGAGCAGAGGAAUGUACUAUGUGUUUAUUACAAGUUAACAUGAAGAAGAAGCGACACCAGGACAGCAGUUAUAGUCCUUGGGAUGACACAAUGACACUUGAACCUCAAAUAACUCAGACAUUAACACACACACUAUGCACUGGAUUUUCAAAUCUGAUAUUAAUGACUUUUAUAACUCACUGAGCCCAUAUCUUGUAUUGUUUAAAAUCUCGGAUAUCAGUGUUAUGACCCAGUUUAGACAGUUUAGUUAUUAUUAUACAGUUAAUCUGGAGAGAGAAAAAAAUGUGUCGAGUUAGGUUUGGGGCUAUUAAAUGAAAAUAAAUGUUUUGAAUUGG